AUGGAAAACGACACCAGCCUACCAGGAACCCUGGACGAUUCAGAACGGGCGGGUUUGGCGAUCAUAGGUGUCGCCGGCCUCUGCUCCGCCAUAUGCUCGUUCUCGUUGUUGAGCUACCUGCUGUUCAUCAAUGGACAUUACCCGUCCAGCUGGCGAAUACAGCGGAGCCCACUGGCGACGGGCAUUCGCGAGUUUUGCGCCAAUGCGAUGGGUCGAUACCUCAUGUCAUUGAUGGUCUCCGACUUCAUCCAAGGUACCGCGUUCGCCGCCAAUGUCCGGUGGGCCCAGAGGCGCGGCGUAGUGCAAGACUCGGUAUGCAAGUUCCAAGGCAUUCUAUCGCAGGUUGGCGACAUGGGAAUACCUCUAUGGUCGUUGGUCAUAGCUGUCCACACGUUCUGCCUCCUCUAUAUGAAACGGAAACCUGCGCCUUGGAUUGCAAUUGUUGUUCUGCCCGUCGUGUGGGCAUUUGACAUUGCGAUGCCGCUCAUCGGAACUAUCGGACUCGAAGGACGUUUGAAGCGAGGGUCUUUCUGGGGCCCAUCCGGAGCAUGGUGCUGGGUAGCCGAUAAUUAUCGGUUUUACCGUAUAGCGUUCUUCUAUGCAUGGGUCUUCCUCACACUCUCCUUCUCCGUCAUCAUCUAUACUUUGAUUUACCUCAAGUUCACUGGCAUUUUCCACGGCACUCCUAUACGUUCAGUACCUUCCAGCGUGAGCGAACAGACAAUAAUCACGCAUCGCAUGGUCAAGAUCGCCCGGCGGCUGAUGUGGUAUCCGAUCAUGUACAUGGUCAUUGUUGUUCCUGUGACUAUCUGUCGUCUCGGAAGUCUUGCAGGCUGGGAUGCACCGUUUGGUCUUUACGUAUUCGCAGGUGUAUGUUUCGCCAGCUCCGGCACGAUUAACUCCUUCCUGUUCCUGUUCACCCGACACUCUUUCAUUCUGGAUCGGGUCCGCCCCCGCAUCCAGAUUUCGACGCAUCAAGUGACCGUGGUAGACGACGGCGAAGGCAACACGCGGACAAAACACUCCCAGGAAUAUACCGAUCUCGAUAUGUCCUCUCUCUCCACCUCCACCACGGCCUGUAGAUACGAGCUCAAUUUCGACGGACAUUCGGGGCAUCAGUCGAAGUAAACUUGACACGUGCGUCCCAGCUUCUAGCCAAAAAGAAUUGUUCGAUGCAGUAGCCCCCGAAACUGUCUUUCCGCUCUCAUAUCGCACGUCGCUCUUGCUUUGCUAUCGAAUCUUACUUUAUAAACGUAGUAUUACUACAUUACACUCGUUUAUGUACC